UUUGUUCAGCCGCCGCCGCCGCCUCUGCAGCCACCAUGGCUAUCGCUCACAUCGCCACCGAGUACGUCUUCUCGGACUUCCUGCUGAAGGAGCCGUCGGAGACCAAGUACAAGGGGCUGCGGCUGGAGCUGGCCGUGGACAAGCUGGUCACCUGCAUCGCCGUCGGGCUGCCGCUGCUGCUCAUCUCGCUGGCGUUCGCCCAAGAGAUCUCCAUAGGUACCCAGAUGAGCUGCUUUUCUCCAAGUUCAUUUUCUUGGCGCCAGGCUGCUUACGUGGAUUCCUACUGCUGGGCAGCAGUGCAGCAAAAGCAGCUUUCCCAGAGUGACUCGGGUCACCUUCCACUCUGGCUCCAUAAGUUUUUCCCAUACAUCCUUCUGCUAGUUGCAAUCUUACUGUACCUGCCCUGUCUCUUCUGGCGCUUCACCGCAGCACCCCACCUUUGUUCAGACCUGAAAUUUAUUAUGGAAGAACUCGACAAGGCCUAUAACAGAGCAAUCAAAGCCGCGAACAGCUGCCGUAAUGGUGACAUGAGGGACUCUGUCGGCUCAGUACCAGCUGUUAAUGAGAACAUAGCUCAGAGUUUUUGGGAGAUAUCUGACAGCUACUUUAAGUAUCCUAUUGUGGAACAGUACCUGAAAACAAAGAAAGGCUCCAAGAGCUUAAUAAUCAAGUAUAUUGUUUGCCGUUUGCUAACGCUGACCAUCGUUCUGUUGGCUUGCCUCUACCUGGGCUAUUAUAUCAGUCUUUCCUCAAUGACCGAUGAGUUUAUCUGCAACAUCAAAACCGGGAUAUUAAAGAAUGACACAACUGUUCCAGAACGGUUUCAGUGCAAACUGAUCGCCGUCGGUAUCUUCCAGCUACUCAGUUAUAUCAACAUUAUCGUGUACUUGCUGCUCACGCCUCUCGUGAUUUACGCGUUGCUGGUGCCGUUCAGGCAGAGCUCGGACAUCCUGCAAGUGUACGAGCUUUUGCCAACCUUUGACGUUCUCAAAAUCAAAACCAAGCGCUACGAUGACUUGAGCCUCUACCUCCUCUUCCUUGAGGAAAAUGUGAGCGAGCUCAAAUCGUACAAGUGCCUCAAAGUUCUGGAGAACCUGAAAGGCAGCGGAGAGCGGUUUGAUGCCUUGCAGCUGCUGAUGAACCUGGGUUCAAUUAAAAUGGAUGCUGUCGAUGGCAGGUUGCCCCCAGUCAAACCGGACUGUGGAAAGAAAACUGAAGCUGAAGUGGCAAACAAUGCAACAGAAUUACAAGAUUUGGCAAAGCCCACAUCGUCAGGCGAGGAAGCCAGAACCGUUCAAGAAGAUGGCAAGCUUCGCCAGAGAUUGCUGGAUUCUUCUUGCUGAUGGACCCAAUUCGUGAUUUAUUGAUUAUGAGACACACUCCAGCGUAAGCCAUAUCGAACACGGGAUGGUUGCCACCUUGUUGCAUGGACCUCAGGGCAGAUAAUCGUUUACAAGCUUUUUAUAUACCUGUGUUUACAUGCCUAUGUAGCCUCCCAUGUCUAAAGGAAUGCCAUUCUGGUGAUGUGUAUUCAGUCUGUUAGAGACAAGCUAUAGAGAGGGAGAAAGGCUAAAGUCCAUGGCAUAAGUAGAACAAAGAGAGAAGUAUACUGGAAGAAGUAAACAGACGUGAAAGGAAAAGGCGUAACACAAGAGAAACACUUGGAACCAAUUUCGCACACGAGUGAAUAUCGAUCUCUUAAUUACUCCUUGUCACUCUGAUCUGUUUGCUUGUUUACCUCUUUGCCCGGAACCUGCUCACAACAUAUCAGAAGGCCAGGAAUAAAUACAACGAUAAAAAAAAUACACAACAGGAACAAUUGCAAAUAGCCGUCCUGUAAAUAAGCCAACGCAUCAUGAAAAAGUACUGAUUGGUGUAUAAAACAGCACAAAUAAAGUGACCUGGUCGAAGUUUAAUACUAAACAAGAGAGAGAAUAAAGGUUAGCACGUGAAAAUAAAAUAAUUUUAAAAAAAUAACAGGAAUAAAAAAUUCACUGCCAACAAGUACAAAUAGAUCUGUAUUGCACAAAGGUAACAUGAUGGUCAUCAUAAUUAACCUCCACAAAUUGGUUGAAAGAUGCAUCUCUU